AACAUCUUUAUAUUAUAAUAUUACUCUUAAUAUUUUCUCACAUGGUACAAAUGGGUCUUUAUAGGUAGGCUAUAUGAAAAUAUAGCUUUGUCUCAUUAUAUUUGGGAGUCCUUGGCAUCAAAAGGUUUGGAAAUCCCUGAUUUAGGGAUUGCCACAGGUUUUGGUUGCCACAUUGAACAAAAGAAAAUAGAUUAUUAGGGGUACAGGGUUUCAAAUAUGUCUGCUCUCUUAUCUAAAUGCAUUAUUCUGUGUAGUAAAAGGUCAUUAUAUGCUUAAAAACUGUUCUCUUUUUAAAAAUUACAAAAUUGCUUAAAGAUUUUCAUAUAAGUAAUGUUUUAUUUUGAAUGAAAAUCAUCACCAUACUUCUAGGCCUACUUUCCAAAUAGUUUGGGAAAGAAAAUCUAACAACCGGUUCUUGUCUGCUGCUACAUGAUUCAUGAGUCCAAAGCACAUUAAAACGAUUCAAUUCAAAUGUGUGUUUAUGGUUGUCCAUAUGAUUCAAUCACGUAAAUUCGCAUCCUUCUGGUAGUUGUAGUCCUAACAACGUGUUAGCAAAUUUACUUAAAAUUAAAUAAAAUAAUAACGUUUGAGCUAUAAAUGUAUGUAAUUUUUGUUGUAGCACAAAACCUGAACGUGUUUUCAAGUAAUGUUAAUCACAGACCUUAAUGGAUCGAAAAACGUUUAAAAAACAAAAAACAUGGCGAGCGAAUGUGUUGGCCUACAAAUUGACGUCAUGACUGAAAAGCACAACAAGAUGGAUACACAUAAUGGCUAUAUCCUAAUUUAUGUUUUUAUUAAAUUAUUUGUUUUCCUAUUUGUUGUGAGUUGUAUAUGUUUGUACGAAUUUUGUACAUACUGGUAUUUAAAAAAAUAAAUAAAAAGAUACACAUAAUGGACGCUAGAGCGCGCCAAAGGCAAAGUGUGUUUGGUUAUAAAAGUUAUAAUGAUUGUGGAACAGCACCGCUGGCUCAAACACAGCACGCGGCGGCAUUUAUUUCGGUUUGUUUGCUGAUGUCAGAGUGCAGGCUGAGCUUAAUCCAAAAUGUCCAUAGCAGCCAGACCAGCACUCUUCCUCUCCUCAGCGCGUCUGCAGCCAUGGACCGGACUAAAGUUCACGGCAAGAAACCUAAAAAGCCCUGCAGUGUGCUGCCAGAGGGAGAAGUCCUCAUAUACUACUAUUCCCCCACCUGCUAAAUAUGGAGGCAGACACACUGUGACUUUGAUCCCUGGUGAUGGCAUUGGACCAGAACUGCUAAACCACGUCAGAGAGCUUUUCAGAUUCUGCUGUGUGCCUGUGGACUUUGAGGUUGUCAAGGUGGAUUCGGCUGCUUCCUCUGAGGAUGACAUCAAUAACGCUGUUACUGCAAUCAAACGUAAUGGAGUAGCACUUAAGGGUAACUUGGAAACUAAUCACAGCCUUCCUCCAUCUCAUAAAUCCAGGAACAAUUUGCUUCGUACAUCUUUGGACUUGUAUGCUAAUGUGAUGCACUGUCAGUCUCUUCCUGGAGUCCCGAGCCACCACAAAGACAUUGAUGUUAUCAUCAUUAGGGAGAACACUGAAGGAGAAUACAGCAGCUUGGAGCAUGAGAAUGUUCCCGGGGUGGUGGAGAGUCUAAAGAUCAUAACACGUGUGAAUUCAUUGCGGAUCGCUGAGUAUGCCUUUAACUUGGCCAGGGAGAAAGGCCGCCGCAAGGUCACGGCAGUACACAAAGCUAACAUCAUGAAGCUUGGUGAUGGCCUUUUCCUGCAGUGCUGUAAAGAGGUGGCAGCUGGAUAUCCUGAUAUCACAUUUGAUGACAUGAUUGUGGAUAAUACCACGAUGCAGAUGGUCUCUAAGCCCCAGCAGUUUGAUGUGAUGGUGAUGCCAAAUCUCUAUGGAAACGUGGUGAGCAAUGUGUGUGCUGGACUUGUUGGAGGUCCAGGUCUAGUACCAGGAGUCAACUACGGCAAGGACUAUGCUGUUUUUGAGACCGCCACUAGAAACACUGGAAAAAGCAUUGCUAACAAGAAUAUUGCAAACCCCACAGCCACACUGCUGGCCAGCUGCGUGAUGCUGGAUCACUUAAAGUGCGUGUGUAUGAAUAUUCAUAUUAUUUUCUUCCAGGCUUCAUGCAUACGCCAGGAUGAUUCGAAAGGCAGUUCUGAAAACUUUGUCUGAAACCCGGUUGCAGACUGCUGAUUUGGGAGGUCGGUGCACUACAUCUGAAGUGGUCCAAUCCAUUAUGCAGGAGAUCCAGAGAGGAGGACCACGCACAUCAGAGCAGAUCUGAACUUCAUUUCAGCAGCUUCUAGAGACCACAGGAACAAUCCAAAUACAUGCCUAAUUCUUCUGUGAGAAACAUUGUGAACUCUUCAAUGAAAAGAUACUGAGACUGUGAAUAUGUAGGUUGAAGUGUGUGUUAAAAUUCAUCCUUGUUUCUUUUGUAAUUUUUGAAUCUGUGUAUUUAACUGUAUAAAUGUUGCGGAUGUUGUUUAUCUGUUAUGAUCAGGUUAAGUUAAAGCCUUUAUCUGAACUGGUAUGGACAGGUUCUGUAUGAAUUUUUUCAUGGAUAUGUAUUGCCUGUUUAUGAUGCACCAAGCACUUUCAUUAAUACAUUUCUAACUAUUACCUCAUCAAACUUUUGUUCAUGCCUCCAAAGACUUAAUUUCAUGAAGUUCAGUGAAGUAAAAAUUAUAUGACUUGGUUUGAACUUUUUUCCAAUAGGUGGCACUAAAACGCUGCACUUCAGCGUCAUUAAAUUUGGAUGCUUUUUGACAUUAAUUUGUGAAUGUUCUAAAACGUUUUGACAUUGCAAGUUAUAUAUGUUUCCAUUUUCAGCACUAAAAACAAUGUUUAUUUUCAAUGCAAGUGUGCAGUAAUUGGUGACAAAAAUGAUGUAUUUGAACAUAAGCUUGCCAUUUAAAUGUUUUCAACUUUGCUGGUCAUUAAUUAAAUAUUUUGCAUCAUGAA